AUGGCCCUGAACCUCCUGGAGCAGGAACCGGCGCACCCGAAGCUGAGCACGCCCGCGGUGCACGCGCAGGCGGAGGCGCUCCGCUUCGCGUUCGCGCAGGCGCUACAGUUCUGCGCGGAUCCCGCGGAGCCAGGCAGCCCGUCGCCCGACGCGCUGCUGGACAAGGCGUUCGCGGCGCGCCGCUGGAAGUCGCUGUUCGACCCGAGGCGGCGGGCGGAGGGCGUGUCCCCCGACGGCUCGGUGCUCGAGGCGCGCGCGGGGCCCGACACGGUGUACCUCUGCGCCGCGGACAGGUGGGGCAACGCCUGCUCCUUCAUCAACUCCAACUACAUGGGCUUCGGCACCGCCAUCGUGCCGGAGGGGUGCGGCUUCACCCUGCAGAACCGGGGGCACAACUUCAUCGUGCGCGAGGGGCACCCCAACUGCGUGGGCCCGUCCAAGUUUUGCUACCACACCAUCAUCCCCGGCAUGGCUACGCAUGAAGACUCGGGCGAGCUUUUCGCGGCGCUCGGAGUGAUGGGAGGCUUCAUGCAGCCGCAGGGGCACCUGCAGGUGCUCUGUGGCAUGGCAGACUACGGCCUCGACCCGCAGGCCGCCCUGGACAUGCCGCGGUUCUGCCUCGAGGGGGUGGACUCGGCGCUGGGGCCUGAGAGCGUGCUGGGCGCGGAGCUGCUGCUGGAGGAGGGCGUCCCGCAGGAGACGGAGGCGGGCCUCGCGGCCAUGGGCCACAGGGUCCGGCGCGUGCGCGGCUGGUCCAGGACGGUCUUCGGCAGGGGCCAGAUCAUCUCCCGCGACCCCGCCACCGGGGUGCUCGUGGGCGGCACGGAGCCGCGCGCGGACGGCGCCGUGCUGGCGUGGUAG